AUGACUCGUGAAAUCCAGCAAGUGGCCGUGAUCGGUGCUGGCAUUAGCGGUGUUGUCUCCGCGGCCCACCUUCUUGCGCACGGGAUCGACGUCACUGUCUUUGAACGGAAUCAUGCAGCAGGUGGCGUUUGGCUUCACGAUGAAAGAAAACCACUGGAACCGAAUUACCCCGCCAUGAAGCCAUCUAUCUCGGAGAGGCAUCGAGACGAGGACCGCAGACAUGCUGAUGUAUUGUCAUUGGAGCACGCUCCACCAGGGCCAUGCUAUGAUGGACUCAAGAACAAUGUGGCCACAUCGCUGAUGCGGGUUAAACUCAAUGCCUGGCCAGAAGGAACGCCAGAGUUUGUCAGCCAUACGGUGAUGAAGGAGUACAUCCAGGACACAUCGAAGAAGGCUGGUGCUGAAAGCGUUACGUUAUACGGCGCUCGAGUGACCAGGCUGCGCAAGGUGGAUCGUAAGUGGGACGUUACGUGGUCGACAUUGAAGGAAACCACGCAAUCAGGAACGUUGGAGGAACAGGAGGAGACUGCUAAAUUCGAUGCAGUAAUAGUCGCUUCCGGCCACUAUCAUGCGCCUCGCGUUCCAGAUACUCCUGGAUUGUCCAAGGCGAAAGCACAGUGGCCGUCGCGCAUAACUCACUCGAAGGGGUACAGAAACCCGAACCCUUACGCGGGCAAGAAUGUCUUGCUUAUUGGAGGCGGAGUGUCCUCUACGGAUCUUGCUCGAGAAAUCGGUCCAUUGGCCAAAAAAGUCUACCAAAGCACACGGAACGGUGAAUUCGAUAUCUCAUCCAGUGUGCUUCCGGAAAAUGGCACAAGAGUCAGCGAGAUAGAACGAUUCGAGAUUGCGGCAAAGACUGCUGCAGAUGACGAGGCUUUGCCGAUCAAGGUACACCUGAAGUCAGGACAGACGCUCUGUGGAAUCGAUGCGAUCAUCAUCUGUACCGGAUACCAUAUCACGUUGCCUUUUCUGUCGGAAUAUCACGACGAUGCGACACCAGCGGAGAAAGCGAGUGAUACAGUCUUAGUGACUGACGGGACGCAGGUGCAUAACCUGCACAAAGACAUCUUCUACAUCCCAGAUCCAACCCUGGCAUUUGUGGGAGUCCCUUACUACACAGCGACGUUUACGCUGUUCGAAUUCCAAGCGAUAGCUGUAGCGAACGUUUUCGCCGGAAUUGCAGAGCUACCAGCGGAGAGCGAAAUGAAAGAUGAAUAUGCCCGUAGAGUUAAGGAGAAGGGCAGUGGCAAGCGCUUCCACUCGUUGAAGGACAUUGAAGAAUUCUACGUGAUUGACCUGCUGGAGUGGAUUAACGGAUACCGAGCCAAGUAUGGACUCACUGCGAUCGAAGCUCAUUCUGACAAUUGGCAUCUGGCAAAAGCCGCGCAGAGGGAGAGAACCAAUAAGCUGCUGGGGCUUGGCCGGAGACGAGACAGCGGCAUCGGGGAGCUUCCGGUGUUGGAGGUAUGCAGCUAG